GUUGGAGCAGCAUAGACGUAUAGUUCACGAACCCGGUGUCGGUUGCCCACUUAUGCAUGUUGUCCCUUUGCAUCGCCGGAGUAGAGUACCGUAGAGACCUCGGAACCCUACCGAACGAUUACUGCUUAAGCCUUAAUCUGGCCUUAGACGACGUGCAAGAUAGCCUCAUGGGCCACCGAUGUCCCAUGGCUAUUUCGGCGCCGCUGACAUGUGCAUAGGCAGGCCAAAGAGGUUUAAUACUUCUAGUACUCCAGCGUUUGUCAGUUACUUGUCCACGGAUCGCCAACGGUCACGGCACGCCAAAUGCCACCUGGGAACAGACACUUUCUCGAGGCCGUCGCUGAAGUGUUUGGCAGCGAAAAGGCCUCUGACUGCGUGAUUCGCUUCUGUCAGGAGGCAGAUGUGCUCGAGCGACAGCCGGAGCAGCAGCAGCAGCAGCAGCAGCAGCAGCAGCAGGAGGCCUCUGCUGAGGCACUCCUCUCAGCUGGGGCAGCUGAUGCAGCUGGUGCUGUUGGCGUACCGGUAAUAAAGGAUCAAAGUUUCAUCGGAAGCCCGCUUCCUGCACACCGGUUCGUCCUGUGCUUCAGCUCCGAGCGCUUCACGGCACAGUUCGAGCGAUGGGACAGUGGCGAGCCGGCCACACCAGCGGCAUCCUCUACCCAGACCGCCUCCUUCACCUCCACCCCCACCACCCCCCGCCCCGAGCUGCGCAUCCCCCUGGGCAGCGAGGCCGAGGUGGACAGCGCGCGUGCAGCCAUCCGCUUCGCCUACACGGGGGAGGUGCAGGCGGGCAGCGUGCGGGAGGUGCUGGAGGUGCGGCGCCAGGCGACAUACCUGCAAAUCAAGGGCUGCGCUGAGGCGUGCGAUGAAGUCCUACGCGGCAUGAUCGCCGCAUCCACAGUCACUGCACAGCAGCAGCAGCAGGAGGAUGUCGAUGAAGGGCACCAACCUCUCAGCGAACAGCAGGCGGCUGCUGUUAUGGAGUUUUACUUGAGUGCUUCGCUGUGGCCUGACCCCGCUGUCAUGAAGGACCCCAGCUUUGAAGCCGUCGUGACAGCCGCCAAGCCGCAGCUUGUGUCGUACUUCGGCAGUACACUGCGGGUCCUCAACACGCCCUCCCUCCGCCAGCAGCUGCUGGAUCUGCCGGCGGUGGCGGUGGAGGCGCUGCUGGAGUCGGACAGGUUCGGCACGGACAGUGAGUCCAGCGUGCUGCUUGUGCUGGCGACCUGGAUGGAGGCCAACUACGCGACCAAGACGGACGCGGAAACACGCAGGAGGCUGUGCCGGCAGGUGCGGCUGGUGCAGCUGAACAAGCCCUACCUCGGCUUCGUGCUGCCGGCGCUCGCUGCGGAUUUCGGGCUAUCACCGGAUACACCGGCUGGCUGGUUCCCUGUUUCCGUGGCAGAAGCCUGCUUCAUAACCCAUUUUGCUGAUGCCUCUGAAAAGAAACGCAAGCGGCUGGUUAAGGAAGCGCAGGGAUGCUCGGCAUACGACAUCCGCUCAGCCACCUACAACACAACACCCCGCGCGGCAUGCUUGACCUUUGACGGCCUCAGCGUCGCCAUGCACAUCCCGCAGCAGACGCUGGAGGAAAAGCUGGCGAGCUCGCAGCCGGGCAAAACUGCGAGAAUUUUUUGGACUAUGGAGCAGCAACCGUUCGUCGUCGUACAGGGCUUCGAGUGGCGUGUGUCUGUACAAUGCCGCCAUGGGGCAUCGUCCGCUGGGCUGUUCAAGCAUUGCCGCAAGCCAGGUGCUUUCAAGACCCUAAAUCCCCGUCAUCUUAGCGGCCCUGAGCCAAUGUUGGUGGACAUGUGCAGUCACCUGGUCGUGGAGCGUUGGCGCAACGGCAAAUGCGAGGGCUCAGUCGUUACCAAUUUCUGCUCGGAUACAUAUGUGGGCACGGGGAAAGGUUGGGGAAGUGCAUCGGCGCUGCCCCUUCGGCCGCUAGAAGAGAGGGGUGCGGAAGCAGGUGGCGGCGGCGCCGGUGAUGCACCUGCAGGAGGUGGUGGUCAAGAGGCGGCGGGCGGUACCCAGCAGAUGCUGGCAGCCUGGGGGGAGUACCUGCACGAGGGGAAGAUUAGGGGCAGGCUGACGCUGCUGCCAGCAUCGGAUGAAGAGCAGUGAUGGAGAG